GCCAAGCCCUGGAUGACCAACGCGUGGUUGGCCUUUGUCGACGGCAACGACAGGCCAUGGUAGAGCGGUCGCUGGGGUGCCAGUUCCAGAGCCUCAACAGCCUGGAGCCGAAGGUCAGCUCGAGGAAGGACUGCUACGUGGUGAACCUGUUCCAGUACUCGCCCUUCUUCAACUGGCCGCAGUGCACGGACUACAGCGACCGCUUUGGCGAGGGGUGCGGCAACCUCAACACCAAGUGGAAGAGCCGCGGUAGCCCGCCCUACCGCUUCAGGAAUGGAGAUAUUGGAUUCAGUUUUGGCAUUCCUGUGUUGCGCCAUCCAAUCGACGACAAUGCCACGUCGGCAGAGGUGCUGGCGGCGCUGGCGGGUUUCCUUGCGCCCGGUUUAGAUGCGGAGGCGCUUAUCAAGCACACACUCUUCUCUGUACUCGAUACAGGCAACUCCACGGCCCUCUCGUUCACCAUGUAUGACGUCACCAACGCGUCCAACCCCCUCAUGGUGUUCGGCGACACCCAGCCGUCCACCGGGCCCAACCCCAUCUACCCCAUGGUGCUCCCCGCGCCAUGCCCCCGGGGGACAAGGUCGUGGAGCCCUUCCCCGACGACUUCAUAGGCAGAAGAUACGAGGGGCACUGCCGGUACCGCCACCCGCCGCCCGUCUGGAGCACGCUGCUCGCGCCGAUACUUCUUGGGCUGCUGGUGCUGCUGGUGGCGGCGCUGUUGACGUUUAUCAUAGGAUCCCUGGCGAGGAAGAAGGCGAGGAUCCGGCAGCAGAUGGAGGAGCUAGAGGAGUAUACGCUGGCGUUAGAGCAGGCUGAGAGGUCCAAGAGCGAGUUUGUGGCGAACCUGUCGCACGAGCUGAGGACGCCUAUAACGGGGAUGCUGGGCAUGAUGGACUGGCUGCUGGAGUCGAGCAUGUCGGAGUGGCAGCAUCGGGAUCUGCUGGACGCCAAGACAUGCGCCGUGGAGGCGAUUGGGCUGCUGAAUAGCGUGCUGGACCUGGCUAAGCUGCAGGCCAAUCGGUUGGUGCUGGAGGCGCUCCCCUUCAGCCUGCACCAGUGCGUUGACCUGGCUGUUCGCACUCUCAUGCCCGACGCCCACAAGAAGAACCUGCAGUUCAUCUGCAGGAUUCACGCGAGUGUGCCGGACGUUCUCAUCGGCGACCCCACACGCGUGGCCCAAGUGAUGCGGGAGCUCAUCUGCCACGCCAUUCGCAACACAGUCUCAGGGCGGAUCAUUCUGCACCUCUGGUGCAUGCCGGCUCCCGUGCCUAUCCAAGCAGUAGCUGAGGCCGCCGAACCUGACCUGGAGGCUUGGAUCCGAGGCUUGCAGGCUGGGAAAGAGGGCGGGGAGAAGGAGUGGGACGUGUACGGUGGCAAGGGAAUGGCCUCUGAUGCUAGAGGAGUGCCUUCUGCUGCUAUCGAUGAUGCUUAUGGAGGGGAUAAAGGGCAAAAGGAGGUGCUGCUGGCACGAAUUAAUGGGGGUGGCAGUGCUGACUGCUGUAGAGGUAGUGGUGGUGCUGGUGCUGCUGAUGCCGGAGGUGGUGAUGGUGGUAUGGAUGGUGCUUGUGGUGUUGGCUGUUUUGGGCUGAGGCAGGGCAGUGGGCGGGAGAUGGGCGGCAGUGGGCGGGAGGUAGGCGGCAGGGAGAGAAGAUCGGAGGACUCCUGUGAAGCGAGCUUCAGAUACAGCCUCUCCCAGGAUGAUCCACGCCUCUCUGACCCGCCGGUAACAGGAUUCAUGCGCUCCUGCAGCCAAUCACUCGGCAGUCAACCCAGUCAACCCAGUCAAUCCAUUGGGAACUCCAGUCAUCCCAAUCAGUCCACACACGGCAUGGAAGCCCCCCCGCCCACGGCUCACCACGACCUUGGGCAUGGGACCGAGCAUGGUGCACUCCCCGAGCCUGAGCCCUGGAUGCUCCACCCGCCCAUCCCUCACCUCCUCACCGCCGAGGCUUGCCGCGAGGUUCGGCGGUCCGCGGCUCGAUGCGGUGGGGUACUGGACCCAGAAGGCCACGGGGAAUUCGUUCAAGAGGAGGAGAUGAAUGCAUACAUUCGGGCUACAGACGGCACCGCUACCACCAGCACUACCACCAGCACCACUCCUUCUGCGGGGCGAGCACGGAGCAGCGCCCUCUCCCGCCUGCGCUCGCUCGCCCAGAGGGUUGUGAAGGGCCUGGCUGGAGGCGGGGGUGGGUCGUCUGAGGAUGGCCUGUAUGCUCGCGUGGGGAAGGGGUUUCAGGACGCCUGGACGCCCUAUCCCGUGCGCUUCCUCCUUUCUGCAAGCCUGGUGAGUCUGAUGCGUGGGUGCAUGGGAGUGGCCACUCAGGAGCAGCUCGGCUCCACCAUCAUGGUCUCCCUGCCAAUGAAGAUGCGCCACGUGGCACAUCCAACAUCCGCUGGAGAGGAGCAGGAGGAGGAAGAGGAGGGAGAGGAGGAUGGGGCGGGGGAAGACGAGCAGGGAGAGGAGGGAGAGGAAAGCGAGGGGAGUGAAGGGGGGCGAGGGCAUGGAGGAGGCGUUGGCAUGGGUGGAGAUGCGGUGGAGCACCAGUGAGGCGGUGGAGGGCAGGCGGGCGCUGGUGGUGGAUGGGGACGACGC